GAUCUCACUGUUUAUGCCCUUUCCACAAAAUUCCAUCUAUGUUUUAUCUGUAAUUAAAAUUGAGGAUAUUUUUAUGUGCACACAAUUUCCAUCCAUCAACCUAUCUAUCAUAGACAAUUUCUCUACAUCAAACUUUGGAUUGAUAUCACCACCAUCGCAAAUAUGCCUUCUGCUAAAGGGAAACCAACUGAUCCCAAGCUCAAGAAGGACAUUACUGAAAAAGUAAAGCAAGAAACGAAUAAAGAUGGUAGUGGGAAAGGAAAGAUGGCUGCAUGGAAAGCCAAAAAGAUCGGUCAAGAAUAUGAAGCUGAAGGAGGUGAUUACGAAAAUGAGCCCGGAUCUAAAGACAAACCCACCAAAGGGACACCCGAGAAGAAAUCCGAGGAGGAGAAGGCUGCUGAAUUGAAAGAUUCACAGAAGGAGAAGAAUGGCGACAGCAAGGACACCGCUGAUGCAAAAGUAAAUGGAUCGGACGACAAGGCAGAGAAUGCAGAGGUUGAGAAGAAGGCACCCGCUCAAAAGAAACAAGCUGGACCGAAGAAGGAAAAGAAGGUCCAAAGACAAGGAACGCGAAGUAGCGCUCGACAACAAGAAAAGUUAGAUCCAAAACCCGCAGUAGAGAAGAGAAAAAACGUUAGUGAUGAGGCAACGGAUGAGGAUGAUGAAGUGAUUGAAGAAGAGAAGCCUGCGGCAAAGAAAUCCAAAAAUAAGGAACCUACGUCAGAGGAGCCAGACUCAGAGAAAACAAAUGAAGAGGAUGAAAAAAAGGAUCAAGCAAAAGCAGAGCCCAAGAAUCGUGGUAGAAAGGCAAAGAAGUGAAGUUUCACUUCACAUUUAUUUUUCCUCUAUGCAGUGUUGAAGGGAAAUAGCAUUGGCGCAUGAGGUAUCACGCAAUUAUGAACACUGGUUUUGGAAUGGAAUAGCACGAGUAUACGAAUUUGCGUUUUGGAGCGUCUGUUUACUACUACUCUUUUGCGUUUUGGGGCUACAUUUUGGGGAGCAUCCUCUUUUUAUUGUAUAUGAGAAUGCAUGUAUCAUUAUUGUUGAUUUGCUUUCGCUGCAGUAGCAGUCAUUCAAAAAUGGAUAUCACCCUUUAUCA